CUUGUAACAAAAGCAAUAAAAGAAGUGUGGGGUCUAAGUUCCACUGCUCUAAAAGUGGCAAGGCUCUGCCCCUUCUACCUGGAGGAAGGGAGGCUGCAGCAGUUAAAGAACACAUAUAGAGGACACGUGGAAAAAGAGCUGGUGCUCAAGCCAGCCAGUUAAAGAACACAUGCAGGACACGUGGAAAAGAGCUGUUGCUCAAGAGGACGCGUUUUUUUUUGAGCUGACUGUUAAAGAUAGAUGGACUAAUAAAGAGGAGGCUGGUUUUUCUCCAGCUGCUGGAGAUAUCUGUGAACUUUGCAUUUCUCUGCUAAACUCUAUAAAUUGUAGUCGACUAUUAACCAAGUGCUGGACUGUUCAGAGCAGUCCCGUAAGGCAGGAGGCUCAUACCAAGCCAGCAGCACGUGGUGCCACCUUUUGCACGCAGAGGGAAAGGAAGGUAAAGUGCUGGUGGAAAAACCUCGUGUGCUGUGGAAAGCACAGCCCUGAGAGGAUGAACCUGCCCUCUGUGAACCGCAGAAGUGCCUGAGCAAGGAUCUGGUGACACAAAUCUGCCCCCGCGGCGACAGGCUCGAGCAAGGAAAAGAAACGUUCAGGAAGGGAAUGAUCAGGCAACAAGGACUUACUCCAGCUGGUAGAGCCUGUCGUUGAUCGGAUGUGUUUGGAAGAGUCACAGAGGGGGAUUUUCUGCGUGGGGCGUUUCCAUCCCCUGCCUUGGCUGUUCCAUCUGUAAAAACCUGCACUCCAAAAGCUGCAUCUGGGAUUCAAACACCAAAAAUGAAGCUGAAAGGAGGGGAGCAGGAGAGCUCAGACAGAAGUGAAGGUGCAAAGGGGAAAAUGACCAUUUCCCUUGCCCUGGUGGCUCUGAUAUCUGCCUUUGGAUCUUCUUUCCAGUACGGCUACAACGUGUCUGUGAUCAACUCUCCAGCCCCGUACAUGCAAGACUUUUACAACCAAACCUACUUGGACAGGACUGGGAAGCCCAUGAACAGUGCCUUCCAGACACUGCUCUGGUCUCUUACUGUGUCCAUGUUCCCUCUGGGUGGCUUUUUUGGGUCCCUGCUGGUGUAUCCUAUGGUCAACAACUGUGGCAGAAAGGGCACUUUGCUGAUAAAUAACCUCUUCUCCAUCUCUUCUGCAAUCCUCAUGGGGACCUCAGAGCUAGCAAAAACCUUUGAAGCAAUCAUCAUUUCCCGUUUUAUCAUGGGAAUAUAUGCUGGUCUGGCUUCCAAUGUGGUUCCCAUGUUCCUCGGAGAAAUGUCCCCCAGAAACCUCAGAGGUGCUAUUGGGAUAGUCCCACAGCUCUUCAUCACCGUUGGGAUCCUUGUAGCUCAGAUCCUCGGUCUCAACAGCAUCCUGGGGAAUGCUGAAGGCUGGCCUGUGCUGCUGGGGCUCACGGGGAUCCCAUCACUGAUCCAGCUCCUUACACUGCCCUUUUUCCCUGAGAGUCCCAGGUACCUGCUGCUCCAAAAGGGCAAUGAAGAGCAGGCACGACAAGCCCUGCAGAGGCUGAGAGGCUGCGAUGACGUGGAUGACGAGAUAGAAGAAAUGUUCCAAGAGGGCCAGUCAGAAAAGGAAGAAGGGCAGUUCUCUGUGCUCAGCCUGUGCACCUUCAGAGGCCUGAGGUGGCAGCUCAUCUCCAUCAUCGUCAUGAUGAUGGGCCAGCAGCUCUCCGGGGUCAAUGGGGUCUUCUACUACGCAGACAGAAUCUUUGAGUCAGCAGGUGUGCAAAGCAGCAGCAUCCAGUAUGUCACUGUGUCCAUAGGGGCCAUCAACGUCGUCAUGACUUCGCUUGCUGUUUUCAUUGUGGAAUCCCUGGGGAGGAGGAUCCUUCUCCUCGCUGGCUUUUCGUUGUGCUGUGCCUCCUGUGCAGUGUUAACCUUGGCCCUCAACCUCCAGACCUCGGUGUCCUGGAUGUCCUACCUCAGCAUAGCCUGUGUCAUUCUCUACAUCAUUGGGCACGCCAUAGGACCCAGUCCGGUUCCCUCUGUCAUGAUCACCGAGAUGUUCCUGCAGUCAUCCCGGCCUGCAGCCUUCAUGGUGGGAGGGUCUGUGCACUGGCUGAGCAACUUCACCGUGGGGCUCGUGUUCCUCUACAUGGAGGCUGGGCUGGGGCCCUACAGCUUCCUCAUCUUCUGUGCCAUCUGCCUGGCCACUGCACUUUACAUCUUCUUCAUCGUUCCCGAGACUAAGAACAAAACCUUCAUGGAAAUCAACAGGAUCAUGGCCAAGAGGAACAAAGUGGAGAUUCAGGAAAACAAGGAAGAGCUGAAGGAUUUCUGUGCUGUCCCGGGUGGGCUGCAAGAGAGGACGAUGAGCUUUAGCAGUCAGCUGUGACACAGCCCAGUGUCUGGCCUGGCAGGGACAUCCCUCAGGAUCUGUUCAGUGGGAAAACAAAUACAUUUAUUCAUCAUUUGAUACUGCUCUGAGAAUCACAGAAUCCUUAAGGCUGGAGAAGACCUUUACCAUCGAGUCCAAAUGCAAACCUAACGCUGCCAGUUCCACCUCUUGUCACCAGGAAAGGACAAUGUCCUCAGCCAGCUCAGUUCCUGUGACCAAUGUCCCUGAUCUCCUGACUGACACACCUUGGGAGACACAAGCCAGCCCCUGUCUUGUCACAAGCCAGCCCUUGUCUUGUCAUAAGCCAGCACCACACUCCUCUGAGGAACUGUCACUCGUGUAUUUGGGGAAACUAAAUUUAAUUUGUUAUCUGAGGGUGCUGCCCUCUGUGUUGAAAAAAGCAGAAUUGUUGAACAGCCUGGCAUGGAUUUGGUGGUGUUGAUGGAGAGAGUCCUUCACAUGGUUUACUUUAACCUUACAAAAUUACUUUUAUACCUGCCCUCAAAUUUGUGAUAUAUGUGUUGAAAAAGAAACUGUUUUCAUGUUCUGUCUCUACAUCCCUUACAGAAAAGAAGGCAAAGGGCUGUGCCUGGCCAGGGCACAAGGAUUGCACAGGAGCUGCUUUACAUCCCCUUUCCUAUGUGAUAUGUCUGCAGGGGAAGGGUGGUGAGUGGACAGUGAUAAACAGAAGGAAACACAUGUGCAGGGAGGAUGGUGAGAAAGCCAGACUGGGUGAAGGAUGGGACAGAAAUUUUAUUUGAGAAAGUGGCUUCUGUGACCAAGGAGAGCAGGUCUUUGGCAUGAAGGAUCUAGGUAGGGGGAUCUAAAAUUCCUGUGAGGGGUGUGACAACCCAAGGUGCUGGACUGUGCCUCAAGUUCUGCUGUUCUUUGCCUCUAUCCCACUGAUGGAGGCCUUUGCUCUCUUGGACAGACACCCUGGAGCAGCAGCAGGGGCACGGUGAGCCCAUACAAAGCAGAAGCAGAAACAAGCCAGUAAUCUCAAUUCUUCUCAGUUCCCCCAGCAAGCAGUUCAGAAUCUCCUGAUGCCUUAAUUAAAAACCCAGCAGCUGGGAUCACUGGCAGCUGGUGUCAGCCUCCAGAACCACCCCCCCGAGGAGGGCCAUGGGGGUUUGUCCCCAGGCUAUGACAUCCCCCCUCGGCUGCCCCGGUUUGCACAGCGCGAGCGCCCGAACCUCCGCAGGGCUGAGAACGUGGCUCCACAGGUUCACCUGAGCCAGCCACCCUGCAAAACCAUUGGAGAACGUCCCAAGGAGAGUGUCUCUGUCUUUUCCAAGGACGAGCAUCCCUCCAGCCUGGCUCACAUACCCCUUCUGGACGCUCGCUGCUUUGCCGGCCGCUCCGUUGAGCCACAGGUUUGCCGUUCCCGGCUGGGAGGCCCAGGCCAGGCAGUAGUGCAGCCAGUCCUGUGCCUUGUGGUGCAGGGGGAAGCUGAUGGAAUGGCCUCCUACCCACAGCCCCACCUCUGUGCCCACGGUCACCAGCAGCUCGUUGUCCCUCUCCCGUGUGGAGUAGGACAGGACGGUCUGGCUCCCGGGGUGCCGGGAUCUGGCCCAGAAACACAAGGUGAAGGCUUGGAGGGACAUGUCACGGAGGGGAUGGACAUCCACAAAGCUCUCAAUGUUUUCCACAGGGAAGUAGAAAGCUGGAAAAGCGCUGGGUUUAACACCUGAAAGAACCAAAAAGGCACCGGUUACGUUUCCUGCCGUGCCUAUAAAUAAGCCCAAAUCCUGAAGAAUUGCACCCAUAGUCUGAGCUGUCUUGAGCCACAGUUACUGGUGUGUGUUGUGCCCACAGGGAAGAGGCUUGAAACAAUGAAAAACUGAGCUCCCUCACACAACUGUUUGGGAAAAUUGCUUUUCUUCCCCUCCUUCUUUCUCUUUUUCUCAUACUGCAUAAAAUAGAGGUGACAAUUAUUUAUCCUGGGGGAACUGUGAGCUUAAAUGUUUCACUGCUUGUAAAAAUGUGCUCGCGUGUUGCAGGAGAAAGCUGCAGUUGCUGUGGGAGUACCUACAUUAGGGCUGGCCACAACAAUGCUUUAAUUGAAGAAUUUCCAUCAGCAGGCCUAGAUAUGGGACAAAAUUCUGCCUGCAUGUGUCAGUACCAAACCUGGCAAUGAUUUAGGCCAUCAAGGGCAGCAGGGCAUGGGCUCUUCACCCUCCCAAGGUAAGCUGGACCCCACAGCUGUGUGUUUUACCUGCUUGGCUCCCUCUGUUCAGCAACUCUGUCUUCAUGUCUUGGAGCUGCGUCUGGAUUUGAUCCAGUCUGAGGGUGAGUUCUUCUGGAUGGCAUUGUGCUAGAGCAAUCAGACAGGUGAAUUUACAGAAGGCCAGGACAUCUACACUACAUCUUCUACUAGAUCUUCUACACUAGAUCUUCUAGUCUGGGGGAAAACCUUUGUUUUAAAACGCAGCAUCUCUCCUCCCUGUGGUGCCCGGCCGCUCUCACACCUCACCCAGACACACUCGAGCUGAGGACCCUCCUGUGGUGCCACAUAGCACCAGUUACCCUGGAGAUGUGUGUGACAGUCAAAAAACCGCCCCAAACUGUCAAAAUACAGGCUGGCACACACCCUGCAGCCACCACUGCACCUUUAGAAGCCAAGUGUGUUGGCAGGGAAAGAGGAGGCGUGUGGGACAUCACCCCUGCAGGGACGCUGCUGCUCCUGGGGAAGCUGAUCUCCAGCACACCUGAACUCCUUCCACGCAGGUUUCUCGCCCCUCCCCAGGUAAGCCCAAGUCCUGCCUGCUGAGCCCUUACCUUGGGGGGGUCUGGCUCUGAAGGAGGACUCCACCACCCUCCCGUGGAGGGGCUGGGCGUGCCGGUAGUCGUUGCGCAGGGUCCUGUUCUCCCAGUCCAGCAAGGUGUUCUCCAGGAGGCUGAUCUGGCAGGAGCACAGGGCAUCUUUAGAAGGGCAGUGGGAACAACUGUUGUGCCCAAAAAGCGCAGGGAAAACCCUGCAGCUCGGGGUUAAACCCAACAGCUCCUUCCAGAGGCAUCCUCAGGGGGCUCUCGCUGGGCGUUAGCAAGGGAAGGGAACAGAACAGGAGGGCUCUUAUCAGCUAAUUCCUGAUAAAGGUAUUUUGCCUGAGGGAAGUUCUGAACACCUGAUGGUAAUGCAUGCAUGGAAAUUUUGCUGCUGUGCUGUAGCUUUCUCACCAGUGCCUUCCAGCCUUUCCCCCUGCCAGAAAGAGUAUUUCUUUUCCAAAGGGAACACAGUGAUCCUCCACUGCUGUAGUCCCAAUUUUAUCUUGUUCUUCUCCUAGAAGGAAAUGCUUCUGAUGCUCCUUCAUUAGCUUAAAAGCAUUACUUUCAAUGUAAGUCUAGGCAGGGAAAAACCCUGAUAUACUGUAUAAAAAUGUGGCAACUAUUCUGUAA